AUGGCCCAAGUAGUGCAGCAACACGGCAAUGUCUCGGUUCAUCAGCUCUACCGUCGUCUGGAAACCGUCGGGAAGGGCGCAUACGGCUCCGUGCACAAAGGCAUCCACAUCCCAACCGGCUCGGUCGUCGCCCUCAAGAUCAUCAACCUCGACACCGCCGACGACGAUGUGGAGGACAUCCAGCGCGAGGUCGCCCUCCUCGCCCAGCUCCGCGACGCCCCCAACGUCACAAAGUACUUCGGCUGCUACAUGGACGGCCCGCGUGUGUGGAUCGUCAUGGAGUUCGCCCAGGGCGGGAGCGUGCUGUCGCUCAUGAAGGCGUCCCGCGACGGGUGCAUCGAGGAGCGCUACGUCAGCGUCAUCCUGCGCGAGGUGCUCGUUGGGCUCAGCUACCUGCACAGGGUCCCCGUCAUCCAUCGCGACAUGAAGGCCGCGAACGUGCUCGUCACGUCGGUCGGCAAGGUCAUGAUCUGCGACUUUGGUGUCUCCGCGCUCUUGGCAACCACGAGCAGCAAGCGCAACACGCUCACCGGCACGCCCUACUGGAUGGCGCCCGAGGUCGUGCAGACGGUGCCCGCGUACGAUACGAAAGCUGAUAUAUGGAGUCUCGGGAUCAUGGUGUACGAGAUGAUCAAAGGCAGCCCGCCGCACGCCAAUUUAGACAAGUUCAAGGUAAUGGACCUCAUCCCCCGCGCCAAACCCCCGCGCAUACCGGAAGGCGAAGGCAGCAAGGAUAUGCGCGACUUCGUGGCAUUGUGCCUCAAAGAGCUGCCUAGCGAACGCCUUCCUGCCGACGAACUUGCCAAGACGAAGUGGAUAAAGUCAGUAGCGAAGACACCUGUGGCCAUUCUCAAAGACCUCGUUCUGAGGCUGCAUCAAGCGGGCCCCCGGGCAAGCCUGGCUGAGCCCCUCCCUUGGGAAGAGGAGGAGGAGCGCGAUCUUCAACCCGACUCUGCAAGCGACGACGACCUGGAUCAGUGGGAAUUCGGGACCAUCCGCGCGCCGAGCUCCUCAUCUUCCGCGAACGGACAUCUCUCUCCGGAUGACGAGAAUGGUAUAAACCAGUCCACCAUCCGGCCUCCGGGGUCCUCCCAGCUUCCUUCGUCUCUCCGCCAACUCUUCGAGUCGGAUUCCGCACCGACGCCAGAGCCAUUCCGUAUCCCAGCGUCCCCUUACCGGAGUACGCCCAGUCCGCCCAUUGCGCUAGCCCUGCCUGGCCAUUCUUCCUCGUCUUCCUCCGCUGCCCCUUCCCCCAUCCGAACGGACAUGCUGGUGAAGAACGCGUCAUCCACCUCUCUGAACAUACCGUCCACGCCUCUGGAUGCCAAAUCAGCCCCGUUCCUACACCCGAAUCGGUCGAAAUCAAAGCUAGCACCGUCCAGUCGGCAUACAUCUGACGAUGAGCGUGCCCCCUCCCCGAACGGUGGAGAGCCACGAACUUCAUCGAGAAGUCCCCCGAGCCCGAAUAAACCACUGACCGCCGAUGAAAGCAACUCCAACGAUGUAACUGAGAAACCAGGUCCUACGCGGCUGAACCCCGCAUAUCGAGAUAUUCGCUCUACGCGUGGCCCUCCCAACAUUGAGAUCCCUCCUGCGGAAACGGUCGUCAUAGACCUCAAUAGCGCGGCGUUUGACUCACCGUCUGCCCAAGCGUCGUCUUCGUCUACUGCUACUGUCGUCCCAUCUGACCUUCGCCCGUCCCGCAAACGGUCGCAGAGCAACGGUGACAUCCUUAUCGCUUCUGCCCGUAAGGGCGGCCCUCCUUCUGCGACGCACGGCGCUGGCGCUGGUGUCGACAUCAACCUCGCAUCUCCCGCGGCAUUCCAGUUCCCCUCCACGCAGAGAGUCUCUCCCGGAGCACUUGGGCCUUCCUCCUCCUCUUUCCCGCAAAGCGCUGGCCUCAGCAUGAUCCCUCCGCAGCUCCAACAGAAGUCACACAAUAGACUGUCCCCAACCCACUUGAGCGCAUCGAGCCCACCGAGGUCGCCCAGUUCGCACCAGAGUACGUAUUCUUUGGAUACGAGGCGACAUCUCCCCAUUGGCCCUAUGCGGCCGCCGUUGUCCAUCACGCGCGCCCGUUCGGCGACGGCUUUGACAGAAGCGUCAGGAAGCGGUAACAGUAGCCAUCCUUCCAGUGGAUUACCCACGACGCCUCGGUCGGCGGCGACGCUGCGGCCUGCUGAUGCUGAACCGCUUCUACCGCCGGUGAAGCCGUUCGCGCGAAAACAUAGGGAUCGCAGUGACAGCGACUCGAGCUCUACUCGCAGCAACUCCUUGGGCCUUCCGGGCCUCAAAGACGCGCUCAAGAUCCCUUCGCUUUCUUCUGAACACCAUCUCGGCAUUUCCGACCUCUUGCCGCCGUCGCCGUCGGCUGUGCAGCAUACGAGAUAUUUUGCGCCUACGCCCAGCCAUCUUAAUUCGAGUCUUUCGGGGCCAUCUCCGACAGAGGACAGAGACCCGAGCUCUUCAUUCAUAUCCACGCCCUUCGAUAUUCCUCGCACGACGUCCCCUCCUUCCCUUGAUUCGGAGCCCUGGGGUUCUUCAUCAAGCUACCCACUGAAUUCUUCGUUCACGUCUAUAUCGUCCAUGCCUCCUUCGCAAAUUCCGAUGAUUCGCCCGCUGGACUACACGCGCAUGAUGCAGUCGGCCGAUACGACCCACGCUGAACUGCGGCAGACCGUCGAAGACUUGACGUCCUGGCUGAACGUCGUGGAGGUCGGGUUGCUGGGUAUGCUCGACACGAUAAAAGUGAACACUAUUAAGGAGGAGGAGCAGGAAGAAGAGGAGUACCCCGACGAAGACAUAGACACGCCUUCCAACGAUAUUCAAGAACCACAUUUUCGCAGUACGACUUUGCCGAACGGUUGA